UACACUGUUGCCGGUGAGAGCUACUAAUCCCCUGCGUCCACGGUUUACUCUGAGCCCGUAUUUAAUUCCUCUAAACCCCCAGCUGCCGCCCUGGUUACUCACUGAACACGACAGACUGUGAACCGCUCUGGUUAUUAAUAAUUCACCAGCCCUCCGCUCCGCUUCUUCGGCCGCGGCCGCAGGACACCGUUUCGUCCUCAGUGGUGCGUGCAGGCGGCCACGCUGUGCGCUCACUUCUCGCAUUUUGUUUACUUAAUUAUAGCUGCUCGGUGUCACACACUCACACACUCACACACACGGGGAGACAGACGCACGUUUCACCUCUUUGUUUUUGGGUUUCAGAUCACAGACCGUCCGCUGAGGUCCCGCUCGCGGAUGUUGCGACACUCGCGCUGCCACAUGCUGAGUUUUGUUUCAGACGCGGUCCUCCCAGCAACUUUGUGCCGACACUGAGAAGGGGGUGGAGGACAGGUGGAGAAGAACCGAGAAGCGGACUGCACUUUUACGUGAUCGGCGACGCCUGAGCAUGCAAGGGGAGAGAGCGCGCGGCGUCCAGUCUGGAGGAGCAACAGCUGAUUUGGUGAGCGCGUGAGCUGAGAGCGCAGGGCAGGCUACUUACUGUCGGUGCGCGGCCAGGCUUCUGCUCCGACACUCGGGCUCUGACGGUGCAGCGUCUCGGUGGCACGUAGCUCGGGGACUCGGUGCGGGGACGUGACGGCACCGGGACUGAGAGUGCAGCCAGGCGCGCGCAGCUUCGAGUUUCGUGGAACUAUCACGAGUUGAAAGCCGCACAUAAACACCUUGCAUGAAGAAGUCGGGAGGCAGACCGCUUGGAUUGUACGACUCUGCGUCCCGUUUGCCUGGACUGAGAAGAGCUGACUUCACUUUAUCCCAAAAAAUGUUUACCGGGCAGCAGGCCGUGCAUUAGGGCUCUUUUGCUUCCGGUAUAAGGCCCAGCUGAGCAAGAAACCGAGCAGUUUUCUCUCUCCCACUCACUUUUUUUUUUUUUUUGGAAGCCGAACUUUUCAGAGUGGAAAAUGGGUCUUUGAGAGUGUUGGCACAUAUCCUCACACCACAAUGGCAACCGAAACCUUUCUGUUGAACGAAGAACCCUCCAGAGGUCCUGGGAUGCCUGAAUGCUUUGUAGUAUCAGAUUCAUACAGGGAUGAAUUUCAUCCCUUCAUUGAGGCCCUUCUCCCCCAUGUCCGUGCCUUCUCCUACACCUGGUUCAACCUGCAGGCCCGUAAACGCAAGUACUUCAAGAAGCACGAAAAGAGGAUGACCAAGGAUGAGGAGCGCGCGGUGAAGGAUGAGCUGCUUGGGGAGAAGCCAGAGAUCAAGCAGAAGUGGGCCUCGCGCCUGCUGGCCAAGCUCCGCAAGGACAUCCGGCCUGAGUUCCGCGAGGACUUUGUGCUCACCAUCACGGGGAAGAAGCCCCCCUGCUGCGUGCUGUCCAACCCCGACCAGAAGGGCAAGAUCCGCCGCAUCGACUGCCUCCGCCAGGCCGACAAGGUGUGGAGGCUGGACCUGGUGAUGGUCAUCCUGUUUAAGGGCAGCCCCCUGGAGAGCACGGACGGCGAGCGUCUGGUCAAGUCACCCCAGUGCUCCAACCACGGCCUGUGUGUCCAGCCACACCACAUUGGGGUGACGGUCAAGGAGCUGGAUCUCUACCUGGCCUACUUCGUCCACACACCAGAACAAUCAGGACAAUCAGACAACUCAAACCAGCAAGGAGACACAGAUGUGAAGCCCCCACCAAACGGCAACUUGAGUUUCCAGGACUGCUUUGUUACUUCGGGUGUGUGGAACGUAGCCGAGCUGGUCCGUGUGUCGCAGACCCCUGUGGCUACAGCGACAGGCCCCAACUUCUCUCUGGCUGACCUGGACAGCCCCGGCUAUUACAACAUCAACCAGGUGACCCUGGGGCGGCGCUCGAUCACCUCCACCCCCUCCACCAGGACUGAAAUGGAGCUUUAUGCAAGUCUCCCACGGAGCUCCAACAAGCGCAAGUCCAUUGACGACAGUGAGAUGGAGAGCCCAGUGGAUGAUGUCUUCUACUCGGGCCGUUCCCCAGCGGCUGGCAGCAGCUCUCAGUCCAGCGGCUGGCCUAAUGAUGUGGAUGCAGUGCAGCACCAUUUGGCCAGUGUGCAGGAGAGGAAGAUUAAGCAUGAGAGCGAUGGAGUGCAGUUUCCUUACCAUGGACUCUCGUCGCCUGGUUCACUUAAGAAGCCGGGGAAAUUCGAUUUCAGCGCCCUGUCCUCCCAGACGAGGUCCCCCCGCAUGGCGUUCACCCACCACCCACUGCCAAUGCUGGCGGGAGUGAGACCAGGGAGCCCCCGUGCUUCAGCCUCGGCCCUGCACUUCCCGUCUCCCUCCAUCAUCCAGCAGUCUAGCCCCUACUUCACCCACCCAACCAUCCGCUAUCACCACCACCCUGGACAGGAUCCCCUGAAGGAAUUUGUGCAGUUUGUCUGUGCCGAUGGCUCAGGGCAGGCCGCUGGACAGCCAAACGGGAGCGGCCAGAGCAAAAUGCCAGGCUCCUUCUUGCUGCCUCCACCUCCCCCAGUGGCCCGCCCAGUGCCCCUUCCCAUGCCCGACUCUAAACCCAACAGCACGCCCCCUGACGGCGGACUCUCCUCGCCCGCAUCUCCGUCAUACUCCACGCCAGGCGCCACAGCUCCCAACAGGUUUGUCGGCAUCGGAUCACGGGACAACAACUUUCUGAACAUCCCGCAGCAGACACAGUCUUGGUUCCUCUGACAAGAUCUGUGUGCAAACCAGCAACUAGAAUUCUUUCUUUGCAAUCAGAAAUAGAAAAACAACAACAAAAAACACAAAAAGAACCAGAGAAACAACCCGCAGGAUAAUAAUUGUCCUCCAACCCACCCACCGACUGGCCCUGACAGUAUGUCUCACCUGAUACAAAAUGUAACCAGGCAACGCAGGAAAUUACAGCAGCAUGACGCUUUUAGUGGAACUCUGGACUUACUUACACACAGUCAGAGGCAGGACCCGUUUCAAGCAAAGAUGGAUACGUUGAAAGACGAAUAGAUGGACAAGAGGAUGCCGGGAUGACAGGGAGAAGGGGGGGUAAGGGGACGGCAGCAGCAAGGAGGCAUCUCUCCUCAAACCACCGAACCAGCACAGCAGCGCAGGAGGAACCUGAGGAUGAAAACCGUCGGCUUCUCCUACUUUAUAAAGACGCAUUGUGUAACAAAUGGCUUAGAAAAAUCAGUUGUCUAGCAAAUACAAAUUCAAGUCACAGUCUAAUCAAAGCAAUUCGGUUUCCAGGGAAAGCUGCAGUCCACGCUCCUGUGAUGUCUGUCAUCACUCAAAA